CUUAACUCCAGCAUCAACCUGUUGAUCUGGGACUGAGGCCCAGGAAGAGCUUGUUGAUCGGUAUCUGGAGGUAUUUGUAACUUCACGACAAGUCACCUGCACGCUUCUCCAACAGCAAAGUCAAUGGCGUGUGUCCCGCAUUCGAUGAUGGAACCGGCACGACUACAACUUGUAACCUCUGGCAGCCCAUCAACUUGAACGACCCCAGACCGUGACGACCCCGAACCACGACCGAAAAGUAUAGGUACCUAACAACUACUAGCAGUAGUACUAGGUAUCUAUUUGCCUAUUCCACGUCCUCUCCAACAGACUCGGACUGCGCUACAACAUUGGCUGGCAGCCUUAUUAUUAGUGUCUGAGCCUGUCGACCGCACCCAGCCUGCCGCUCACCCUUUCGUCUACCCGUCCGUUCACACCGUUCCGUGCAGGGGAUGCCGGCUAAAGAGGAUGACUAUGUUGCGGACGGAUCUGACGAUGACCUUCCCAGAGCGUCGGGCCGGUCGCAGGCACGGAAAGCGGCUGCGCGGGAAUCUGCUCAAAAUUUCGAGGUGACCAGGACAUGGGAUUUAUUGACUGAGGGUGCCGAUGGAACCAUCACGGGCGCUGUGGAAGGCCUACUCGAGGCCGGAAAGAGGAAGAGACUCUUGAAAGACACGACACCGCUGCAGCGAGGGAUCAUACGCCAUCUCAUCCUCAUAAUCGACAUGUCAAUUGCUAUGAUGGAAAAAGACCUGCGUCCGACCCGCUACCUCCUGACUUUGAUGUACACCGAGUCUUUUAUUAGGGAAUUCUUCGAACAAAACCCCAUUUCGCAGCUAGGAAUCGUGGGCAUGCGCGAUGGCAUCGCUGUACGGGUGAGCGACAUGUCCGGCAAUCCAACCGCCCACCUUGCCGCCAUUCAGAAAAUCCGCAAGCAGGAGCCAAAGGGACAACCGUCGCUGGAGAACGCCCUCGAGAUGGCUCGGGCAGCCUUGUUCCACGCACCCAGUCACGGCACCCGCGAGGUGUUGCUUAUCUUCGGUGCUCUUCACACUUCCGACCCUGGAGAUAUCCACCGUACGAUCGACAACCUUGUGACGGACAAGAUCCGAGCCACGGUGAUUGGGCUUGCAGCGCAGGUCGCUGUAUGCGCCGAACUGGUCUCCAAGACCAACAACGGUGAUUUGUCGAACUAUGGCGUCGUACUGCACGAGCAACACUACCGUGAAUUGUUGAUGGCAGUGACCACGCCGCCCGUGACUAGCGAGUCAACGAAAUCAGCAAGCUCCUUACUGAUGAUGGGCUUUCCUUCGCGGACCGUGGAAGACUACCCUUCUCUCUGCGCUUGUCAUACUAAUCCCUCUCGCGAUGGAUAUUUAUGCUCGCGGUGCAGUACGAAAGUAUGUGGCCUGCCGAGUGAAUGUCCAGUGUGUGGCCUCACCUUGAUUCUCUCGACACACCUCGCUCGAAGUUAUCAUCAUUUGUUUCCUCUGGUAAACUGGCUUGAAGUGCCUUGGUCACAAGCGUAUCGCAGCAAGGCAUGUUUCGCCUGCCUCAAACAAUUUCCUGUUGUGCCACCGCGAGAACAGUGGACAGCAGCGAAGACAACGACAAGCGGGAGGUAUGAAUGCCCGGUAUGCCACCACCACUUUUGCAUCGACUGCGACCUUUUUGCACAUGAGGUUGUCCACAAUUGUCCCGGAUGUCAAAGUGUGCGGAUGCAGACGAGUUUGAUGGGUGAGACCGAGACCCAAGCUGAUGGCGGGUCUGGUAACCAACGAUCAACCAAGGAAAAUGGUACGCGGGUUGAAAAUGAACAUGAAGAUGCAAUGGUCGUGGAUGGAUGAAUGAAGCCACUUCACUUCGUCCCGAGUUGUGAUGCAUAUCAUACAAGCCGAACUAUUGGGAAAGAGCUGUCAUUCACGUCAAUGUUACAGCAAUUGACACAGUUGGGAUCGAACGUCUCCGACUUCAACAACUGCAUACGAUCGACAAGGACAUUCAGUGCCGCUAUCCGAGACCUUAUGCCCAGGCGCCGCUUGUGACAUGGCGAUUCCGAGGAGCAGGGCCGCAGCUGAUCGUUACCUCCUUCAAGGUCAAGAACACUAGCAGCGUGAAACGGAAUGCACAAUGGACGCAGCAGAAAGUGCUCUGGGAACCGUAUGGAUGCUUCAUUUCUCUUUCCCUCUGCAGUCAGAGGACAUCUAUUGAUGGUUUGCAUAUUGUUGCCGGCCUGGCAAAGACUGGACCUUGGGAAUCACCCAAAGCUGAGUUGCCUCCUGCUCGACGGUGCCUUCACGUGGGUGCUUUCCGUUACGACACCUUUGUCUUCCCAGAGAGAUUUUUCUUACGUUGAAGUCUUCAUCCUAUGCUCCCCAGCAGUCAAUGGGGCACAAGGUAAACCUAAGGCAGUCUUUUAUCAGUGGCAGCAUUUUCGCUCUCUGCAACAGCGCUCUAUAUUGAGAGGCCCUAUCGACGUUCAAGCAGGAGAGAUUUUUAGCCCUAAGGCAGAUCGCCUGAGCAGAGCAACCUGGCAGCUAACACAGUGUUGAGGAAGGGACUGAGUCUAAUUCGUCCUCUCCCAGAAGGUUUGGGGAAUUUCUAUCCCAGCUCCAGCCUCCAGUCCGCCUCGCUCGAGAUCCACGUCCGGCGUGCCUUUAGCCCCAGAAUUCUCUUGGCAGGGGAGGCAUGACAGAAACAGAGGGAUAAGUGAUAUAAUGUAUCAACAGGUGCGCUGCUCAGCUGAGACCAUGUGGAAACCGCCUUGAUUCACGCCUCGCUCGGGAACCACGGGACACAUUUCAGACCUGAUCAGCAACUUGAAAUAGUCGAUCCCUCUCCCCAACCUAAAAACACGAAAACAAAGCAACCUCGCAAGCCUUUUUGUGACUGGCAUAAGGGUUUCUUGAUUGUACAAACAGGGUUCAAUUCAACAUAUCGACUGCAAAGACUUCGGGCUCUGUAAGCUGAAGGCAGGCAUUCACCCUCGCGGUUUGCUGAUCAUUGAUCAUUCUUGCAGCAGCUUUCCCCUUGCCCUUAAUCACGAAAAUCCCCUUGGAGAGAAGAGGCCAACCUAUUCUUUCUUUGAUCAGUAUUGGGGACUGUACGUGAAGUCACUGUACCUUUCAACUGCUCUCGCCGAACAUGCUGAAGGGCCCUCCGGGGCUGAUCUAUACAGUGAAUUUAUGCGAACCACCCGUGAAGGAGCGUUUAGUUCGGAGUUCAGGCCUGACCGAUGUUUAUUGAGUUUGGCUAGAUAAGAGAGCACAGAUCCCAGCCGUCCUACACUAGCACUAGUAAUAGAAGUUCAAGUUGAUGUUGUUUCUCGAUCGGCGCGCGACGGAGCCUGCCUGAUUCUGGUUGGCCGGUGGCUUAAUUUACACGUCAGACUAAAAGUUGAGAUUUCCAUCCAUGAAACCCUG